AUGUCUCACUAUAGUACAUUCUGCACUUUGACCCCUGACCUGGUGGUUCUGGUGUCCCGCAGAGCCGUGGACACGUACUCAGACAGGCGUUUCUCCAUCAGCGCCACUCGAAUCCACGCCCGGCCCUGGAGCCGGAUGUACUCCCAGAAGCUGCGCUGUCCAUCUGAGCUGAACCAGCUGCCCGAACCUGCUCCAACAUUAAGAGCACCGCGGUGGCUCAGGAUGUGCUCUAAAAUAGCAGCAAAGUUAAGAAACUCUUCGGACGAGUCGUCGAUCGGCUCCGCCGUGUACUUUUCCAGGAGGGUCUUCACCGAGAAUCUGAAAGGGGAGCACAAAAACCGAACGGGAAUUAGAAAAUCCCAACACAGCCUCGGGCAAAAAGUUAGGGGCGGCGGAGGCUUUGGUUUGGCUUUUGACCUCACACGCUCGCCCUUCUGCGCGGCAGAGGGACCGCUGUGCAGCACGCACAGGCACGGGCUGACUGCCUCCGCUCCGAUGGGCAACACUAGCAUCACAGAGGGCAAGACUGCCGUGGCAGUGGGAAGCACCUCCAUAGCCAGGGGAAAGACUACCGUCUCCUUAGGCAACUCCUCCAUCUUCAGGGGAGUGACCACCACCUCCAUGGGAGACUCGACCAUCCAACGGCAAAAGACGACCGUGGCUCUGGGACGGGCGAGCUUCAGCCGGGGAACCACAACCACCUCUUUCCGAAAAGCUCUGACGGGCAAGCGCAGGAACACCUAG